AUGUACAGCACAAUCGCUUCCGCCGCCCUUUUGGGCUUUUCCGCCAUCGCGGCCGCUCGCCCAGCCAUGCCAGCUGGCUACGGAAGUGCUCACUCCUCGUCCACCAGCUCGGCUGCGAUAUCCUACUCGACCGGCUCCUCUUCCAGCGGUCAAAAGGCCUUUGAUUUCCCACUGAGCAACGGCUUCCCGAACAUUACCAAGGGCUCGCAGACUCAACAGGAUAUCGAGACACAGGCGCAUGGUCAGAUCCCAAACCAGCCACCGCCACCACCGCCUCAUGCGGACUCUCUCCUGUCCCUCGGCUUCGUAGCCUUUAACGAGCUUUUUGAGGUCGCCUUCUUCACCGAGCUGAUCUACAACAUCACAAACAACCUCCCAGGCUACGACAACGUUCCCAACCGCAAUAACGUCCUCGAGAUCCUGAAGAUUUACCAAGCACAAGAGGAGCUGCACGAGCUGAACGCCAACUUCGCCUUUAACGCCUUCACCAAGGAGACGAUCUUGCCAUGCGAGUACAUCUUCCCAGUCGCCAAGUUCGACGACGCUAUCGCCUUCGCUGCACAAUUCACGGAUGUCGUGCUCUCCACACUCCCGGACAUCCAGACCAUCUUCGCUCAAUCCCAAGAUAACGGUCUCAUCCGUGGCGUGGGUGCUGUCAUCGGCCAGGAAGGCGAACAAGAUGGCUUCUACCGCACUUUAAUCGGCAAGCCUCCAGCUCAACUUCCCUUCCUCACCCAAGGCGCCCGUGACUUCGCUCUCAGCGCCAUUGUCCAGAACGCCGUCGUCGAUGGCUCUUGCCCGUCGCUCAGCCUCCUCACCAACCCCGAUCAGGUCGCUACUCUCAAGGGUGCCCACCCACUCAAGGUCUUCGAUGUCUUGACCCCCGUCACUGACAGCAAGGACUUCACGAUCGAGAAGGACAUCACUGCCACCUUCAAGGCCGUCACCGCUCAGUCCGUUUACAGCACCGCUUUCAAGCCCCAGAGCUUCGCUGUCCAGCAGACUUCCGGCCUGUUCGUUACCUACCUUAAUCAGGCUAACGUCCCUGUUGUCGUGGCGCCGACUUCGAUCGACAUUGAUUCGGAUGGUGCUUUGAUCAUUGAGGCUUCUUUUCCCGGCCAGUCGAAGUUCCUCAAUGGUCUCACCAUCGUCGCUAUCACCAACGCCAACGUCACGUCGUCUCCCGACGCCGUGGCUGAUGCGACUCUCUUUGGCCCUGCUCUGAUCGAGAUUGACUAG